UGCAGCAAAUGCAACAACAACAGCAACAACAUCAGCAGCAGCAGCAGCCGCCGAUUCAGACGGGAUUUGCACCGCGUCGUCAAUAUGAUAAUGCGGUCAUAUCGUCUGCAUGUUUGCCUAAUGGAGCUGGAGGAGCAAACUCGGCAUCAAAGUCAUCCGCCGCCAGCAUGCUGUCGCAACGGCCUGGCAAAAGUCGAAAGGAAAAAUCUUCGGCAGGCCAACAGCAGCAGCAACAACAACAGCAGCAGCUUCUCCAACCACAACAAUUAAGCGAAUCAUCCAGCAGCAUGCCCACAGAUGAGGCAUUGAGAUUUGUUAACGAAACCGAUGCCAAUGGACUGGCCAUGAAAACGCCAGUCAGUAUACUCCAGGAGCUGUUGAGUCGACGUGGCAUCACACCCGGCUACGAACUGGUGCAAAUCGAGGGAGCCAUCCAUGAGCCGACAUUCCGUUUUCGUGUAUCCUUUAAGGACAAGGACACUCCAUUCACGGCCAUGGGAGCAGGACGCUCAAAAAAGGAAGCCAAGCAUGCGGCUGCCAGAGCUUUGAUAGACAAAUUAAUUGUUGUCCAGCUCCCGGAAACCAUGAACUCUGCUGGUGUUGGUCCUGGCGGUGGAGCUGUUGGCUCAUCUGCUGCUGGCAGUGGUGGCGAUGGUAAUUCGAAUGUGGCACCUGGCAGUGCCAGCGAUUCUGGUGAUAAAAUUGUGGGCAAUCCAAUUGGUUGGCUACAGGAAAUGUGUAUGCAACGUCGCUGGCCACCACCAUCCUAUGAAACUGAAACGGAACUGGGCCUGCCACAUGAGCGUCUAUUCACCAUUGCAUGCACGAUACUAAAUUACCGAGAAGUUGGCAAGGGCAAGAGCAAGAAAAUUGCCAAACGUUUGGCCGCCCAUAAAAUGUGGACACGCCUACAAGAGGCACCCAUUGAUGCGGUCAAGAUCAAUGAUAGCAUUUGCAGUGAAAUGGAAAACGAUCCCCGCAAUAACGAUAGUUAUUAUGGUGAUUUGAAAGAUAUCUCUGUGCCAAAUUUGACCACGCAGCACAGUAACAAAGUCUCACAAUUUCAUAAGACCCUGAAAAACGCCACGGGUAAAAAACUGCUUAAAUUACAGAAAACUUGUCUAAAAAACUCAAAGAUCGAUUACAUCAAGCUGCUGGGCGAGAUAGCCACUGAAAAUCAGUUCGAGGUCACCUACGUGGACAUUGAGGAGAAGACGUAUACGGUUCAAUUUCAAUGCCUGGUGCAGCUCUCCACGUUGCCCGUAGGCGUUUGCCAUGGCACUGGUUCAACGACUGGCGAAGCUCGACGAAAUGCGGCACAAAAUGCUCUCGAGUAUCUGAAGAUAAUGACGAAAAAAUAAACAUCACAUCAUCCAUAUUUGAAGGCAAACGGAUUAUGUGUGUUAUGUGUGGUGUAGAACCACAAAAACUGCAUAGCAAAAUCUGAACGCACACCACGAUAAACAAAACUGAAACCCCGAAUCCUCAAAAAAAAACCCGAAAACCCAGUUACAAAGCGAGGAUAAAUUACGGAUCCAUAACAUGGACUGAUUGAGAGUGGACUGAAUUUACUUGAUCAUCGUCUCUCAUACUAGCUGAAUAGAAAUGUCAUUAUUGUAAUAUUUUCUCUUUAUAAUUCUUAUUUUUUCGUAUUUUCACAUUAGCUAAAACACCAAAAAUGACACAUUUGAUUUCGGCAACAAACAGUCCAUCCAAUCCUCGAAGUGUAUAACAAUUAAUUAAACAAAAACCAAAAAAAAACUAUUCCCAGUUUGAGUUAUUUUCUAUGCACUCCAAUCACUUUAAAAAAAAACUACUACUAAUUCCUAUUAAUCAUUUACAUUAUAUGAUUUAUUCUUUUCCGAUUUCUGGUCUUUUUUCUUUUUUUUAAGAAUGUUGCGUUAUUUUGUAUUUGAAAAAGAGAAAAGAUGUGUACACGUAGUUAUAAAUGAAUUAUACAAAAUAUAUAAUAAUAUAUAUGCUUUCCCGAGUGUAUAUAUUAUAUAUUUGUAGUCUUGAAUUUAAUAAAAGUGAAGACAAAUUCAAUCCUUGUA